GUGACAAAUGUUAAACAAAGAACUUCCAUAGGUAGAGGAGAGUGAGUGGAUCACCCAAAAUAAAGGAAACGGUCCAAUCAAAGUAGUAAAAUGUACACAAACAUGUUAGUUAUCAGUUACUCUUUUCCUAGGAUUUGUGAAUGGUCAAAUGUUUGGAAACAGUUAGUUGAGGUUGUGAGGGGUUUAAGAACAACACAAGAUUGAGUGGUUUUUCAAGAGGGGGUUUUUGUUGUUGAUUGUUGAUGCUUCAAACAUAACAAAAUUCUAUAGGGUAUGUAUCUGCUUCAGUUUCAAACUGGAUGAGAGUGUCUUCAACAUGGGUUGUACAAUUGUUCUUCCAAUGUCUAUGUACAUGUUCUAAUCUGUGGUGUCUUCAAAACACAAGGAAGCUGGUUUUAUGUUAUCUAAUGACUUUUUCUUAUAGGAAUGAUUUUAUGAGACAUGGUUAUGCAGAAGAGGUUAAAUUAUGGUUUUAAUGGCUACCAAGUUCCUAGAGCUUCUAGAUCACCUAGAGGAAGGGGAACAAUAAGGAAGAAACCUGAUAGCAAUCGGAUACAAGCAUUUGAUAUUUUGGCUAGUGUAGCUGGAAACAUUUUGCACGAGAAUGCGAGUUCGAUUCCUGAUAAUGUUGUUUCUGUGAAAGAUCAUCCCACUUUUUCCGGUAUUAAUAUAAAGGACAACAAACAAGAGAAUCAACUAGGAUCAUUAAAGGAGGAGCAAAUUGAGCAUGGAACUUGUAGUGAAGUUGUCUCUGGUUGUGUCCCUAGUUUGCAAGGGAAACAUGAAAACCAAAGGGUGACAUGUGAUUCAUCAUUUCAUGACAAUCAUCUUGAAGGAGAAGGACAAAAUGUCCUUGAGAGGGAAGAUGAACAUGUGAAAGGGAGAAGUACGAACGAGAAAAUCAUCCAGAUUCAAAAUAGAUCCAAUGGAUUAAUAGAACCAAGUGAAAGAGCAUCAAAAGAUUAUAGUUCAGAAAAUUAUGUAGAGAAGCCUUCAUUGGAGGGUUAUGAUCAAAGGAACCUUGAUUCUAGAAAAUUAGUUAAUAUUAGAGAUGAUGAUGAAAACUUUGUUAGGUGCACACAAAUGAACUCAAAGAAUAGGAUAUCUGGCACAACAUCAGAUAUGGUACUAAAAGUUAAGGAUGCAAGUCCUUGUGUAAAUGACGAGAACGAUAGUGGUGACAAUUAUGUGGUUGAAAAUUCAGAAAGGAUGUAUCCGUUUAAGAAAAGAAAGUUCUUCUAUCAAACCUCUUCAUCUACAUCUGAUAGUUGGUCUCAAUCUCAAGGCAUAGUGGACUCUUCUUAUACAAGGGUUAAUGGCACAAACCACAAUGCAGUAAUUGAAGAGUCAUCUUCUAUAGCUGAUCAACAAGUACAUCAUGGAUCCAAGGGUUGUAAUGUGAAGCUUAGCAUAAAAUCCUUUAAAGUCCCUGAACUUUUUAUUGAUAUACCUGAAACUGCAACAAUUGGUUCACUGAAGAGGACAGUAAUGGAGGCUGUGACAGCUAUUCUUGGAGAUGAACUACAUGUAGGCAUCCUUCUUCAAGGAAAAAAGGUUCGAGACGACAACAAAACUCUAAUCCAAACUGGUAUAUCUCAAGAUGACAAACAUCAUAGGUUAGGGUUCAUGUUGGAGCCAAGACAUAAUCGAACUUCAUCUUCAUACAAUGAAGAACCUUGUUUACUAACCACUAGUACACGGCAAAAGUUCUCAAGGCAAUCAACAUCUUUAAUGUUACAACAAGGAACAUAUAAUGUAUCACGAGAACGUUCUAUGGUCAAAAUUGAAAAUUGUAAUGAAGGAGAUCUUAAUGUUGUCUCCACUAUAGGAGAUACUUCGGCUAACAACCAUAACAUGUCAAAGUGUCGUGCUCUUGUAGCAGUUCCUUCCAUUAACAUGAAUGCGUUGGCUGUGGUUCCAUAUCGGCGCAAAUCUGGAAAUCCCGACUUUGGACAACGCCGAAUUAGGAGACCGUUCUCUGUUCUAGAAGUAGAAGCAUUGGUUCAAGCAGUUGAAAAACUCGGAACCGGAAGGUGGCGUGAUGUCAAACAACGUGCUUUUGAUAAUGCGAAACAUCGAACUUAUGUUGAUUUGAAGGAUAAGUGGAAGACAUUGGUUCACACAGCAAGAAUAUCUCCUCAACAAAGGAGAGGAGAACCUGUUCCUCAAGAGCUUCUUGACAGAGUCUUAGCUGCUCAUGCUUAUUGGUCUCAACAACAAUGUAAACAUCAAAUUAAAUCACUAUAAGUCUUUACAAUAUUAAAGAAAGCAGAAUAACAAGUACACUACUUCAAAAGUAUAGUUUUCAUAAUGAUUAUGCUAAAAGUUGAUAGUAUAGGUUCAUCACCAUAUAUUUACUCAUAUAUAUAUAUGAUUCAUAAUUUAAUUUCCCUAAGCCAAGUCAUGGUUGGGGUUUGUACAUGAUUGACCAUAUAUGGUAUCAUUCUUACCAUACCUUGUGGUCAAAUGUUGGAAUGCUAUCAAAAGCAGAAUAGAAUAAAAUAUAUGUAUAGAACUAUAGAAGUUAACCUCACAUGAAUUUGUUUCUAAUUACUUGUUAUCUUGAAUAUUA